AUGUCUUCUGCAGACUCAGAGGACCCGACGGUGGCCGACGCCAGCACCGUCCAUGAAGAGAAGAAGUCGGCGGGAAAGUUCGCGACACUAUGGGGGAAGCUAGGACUCGAUGCUGGGACGCUGAUGAUGAUGGCGAAAGGCGCCCUCCCGCCCACUAUCUUCACCGCAAUGUACCAGAACUCCACCAUUGCGGCCACCUAUGGCACAAUGGGCUACCUCGUCACCAUCGUCGCCAGUCUGUCCAUGUGCAUCCUGCCACGCGCAAAGCUCGUCCAACUCACGAUCCAGAACUCCAUCGCCGUCUGCCUCGGUUCCGCAACGGCUCUCUUCGGCCUCUGGACCGCCACAAUCGCACGCAGCCAUAACCCCUCAUCCCCCACCUCCGCAUUCAACGGCUCCGCAGCUGCCGUCUCCGCAGCAUGGCUCUUUGCAAACAUCUGGCUCGUCAAUGUGUUCCGCGCCAAGUUUCCGGCGCUGUCGAUACCGGUGAUCCUCUACACCAUCUUUAUAAGUGUCGUGUUCACAUACGGGCCACUACUCACGAUGCCGCGCGCAAUCAGUAUCGUGGUACUGCUACUCAAGGCGUUUAUGACGGGCUUUGCGCUCAGUCUUGUCGUUGGCCUGGUGGUCAUCCCAGUCAACUGUCGGAUGGUUUGGUGGAGAGGUGUAGGUGGCUAUCUCGAGGGGUGUAAAAAGUUGCUGAAGGAGCAGAAAACAUUCAUGCAGCAGUACGAAGACAUCUCAUCCUAUGACACCCACAAGCCCAGCACCGACAAGUCCGCCCCUCCCCCACUCUCCGUCGCCCAAAAGACGCACUCGGACCUUUUCGCGAAGCUCACCAUCGACCUUCCAAUGGCAAAGCGCGAGACAGCCAUCGGCCACUACACCACCAGGGACCUACGCGCAACCCACAAGCACCUGCAAGCCACCGUCCUCCCGCUCCAAGGCAUGACCGCCAUCCUCGACAUCUUUGACCGCGGGGUAGCGCACGCCGCCGCGAACGAGGACGGAGAGUGUCACGGCAAGGAGCAAUUUUCGGAAGUGAUGCGGGUACUGCGGGAGCCGUAUGGCGUUAUAGGAGGUCUUUGCGAGGAGGCUGUGGAGCACACAAUGAUUCUUCUCGAGCUCGGAGGAAGGAAGCAGGACAAGAAAGCCACGGAUGUUGAAGAGGGGGCAGUUAAGGUUGCAGGACAAAUUGGGUUUUGCGAUGUUUUACAAGAGAGAGUGGAGACGUUCUAUGCGACAAGGACAGACGAGAUCAAGAGCCAUUUCAAGGCGAAGGUACCGGUGGAUGUGGGUGAUAUGACGAGGAAGGCGCAGACUAUGCUUGAUGAUGAUGCGAAGAGUAUGCUGUACCUGGUGCUGUUUAUGGAGCAUCUUCUCCGCUCUGCUUCCGAGUCUCUCCUGUCGCUUGCCCGUUUUGCGGAGGCGACAAAGGCAUCCGGCAUCCUCGACCGCCGGCGGUUUGUAUAUCCUUCUCUUCGCAGGGUGAAGAAGUGGCUCUUGAGUGCGGAUGGGGGUGGGGACGACGUUGUCGAUAGCAUCUUCCGGCGGCGAGCGGGCUACAGAGGAGUUGCGUGCGCAACAAUGGUUGUGGCGGCACCGGGAUUCUUCGAGUCGAGUUAUGUGUUCUUCAACGAGAAGAGACUCAUGUGGGCUAUGAUUAUGGUGGCCAUCGGGAUGAGCCCGACGAGUGGUGCUUCAUUAGUUGGAUUCAUUGGGAGGAUCGUUGGAACUGUCAUGGCUGUGAUAUUCGCCUUUGUCAAUUGGUAUAUCGUCGAUGGAAACACUGCAGGUGUGAUCGUCUUACUGUGGUUCUUUGUUGCAAUCCAAUUCUACUUCAUCAUCAAGAUCCCGCAGACAAUUCAAUCCGUCUUCACCGCCAUGAUCACCCAAAUCAUGAUCAUCGGCUACGAGCUCCAAGUCCGCGUCGUCGGCAUCCCCGCCUCCGAAGCCUCCGGCCAGCCCGUCCUCGGCAUCAACGACCUCGGCUGGUACCGCCUCCUCGUGACCCUCGCCGGCAUCGGCGUCGCCUUCUUCUUCACCGUCUUCCCCUACCCCACCUCCACCCGCUCCCGCAUCCGCAGCGACGUCGCCGCAGAGCUCUACCUCCUCGCUCAGAGCUACAGCAACACAAUCUCCCUCGUGCGCAUGCGCAUCGACGGCACCGCCGGCGACGAGACCGACCGGUACAGCCACGGCGCCGUCUUCGAGAAGCGCCGCGCAAAGCUCAUGACCUCGUCCAUCAUCGCGCUCGACUCGCUGCGGCGCAACAGCGCCAUGACGGUGUUUGAGCCGUCGCUGCGCGGGGCGUGGCCAAAGGCGCACUACGACCAUCUGAUCGACGUCUGUGCCAGCAUCAGCACGUAUUUGUCCAUCAUUGCGUUUGCGUCGCGCAGCUUCUCGCACAGCAGUCAGGCGUGGGUCAGGGAUUUGUCGGCGCUGCUUAAGACGAUGGAGACGCGGUCGCCGCAGGUGACGGGGCUGCUGUGUUUGUUGUCGACGAGUCUUGCGGGGGGGCGGCCACUGCCGCCGGCGGUGGUGGUGCCGGGGCCUUAUGGGCUCUCGAAGGCGCUGGAGGAGCGGGAUGCGGAGAUCUUGGGCAUCGAGAGGUGUGGUGAGGAAGGGUAUAUUGCUUUUGCUGUGUUGCAGGUGGCGGUGAGCAUCUUGGUGGCAGAUCUGGGGAGGUUAGUGGGUGGUGUAGAGGGCCUGGUUGGCAGCGUGGAGUUUCCAGGGGAUUUUGGGGUGGGCGAGAAGGGCAAGGUGGCAUGA